AUGAUCAUAACUUUCUCAAGCUCCAACUUUGAACUGCACAAUGGUAUAGACAAGAAAAUGCUUUCAAAAUACCAAUACACAAAGUACUUACAACCUGGAAAUGGUACUGGUGUGGACAAGAAAGUAAUAGCAGAUGUCUCUGAAGGUUUAGAAAAACACAGAAGGAAAAAUAGACUGUCAACACGUGGACAGUUUGAUGAACAAUUGGAAGGUUGGAUGCUCUUGACACUAGAGUACAAAUAG